AUGAUCAUUGGUGAUCGUAUGGCUAUAUGUGUUACUGCAAAUAUAAAUGAUCGUUUAUUAGUUGGUAAUCGUGAUAGUGAAUUGUGUAUUGUAAUAAAUGAUCUGGAAGAAGAAGAUGAUCGGUUUAAUGAAGAGUUGCUGUUAGGUAUUCGAUUCGACAUUCCAAAUAACAUUGAAGUAACUGAUCGAGUAUCAGAUGAAUUUUAUUCUUAUUUUCAAGAUGUAGCAAAACAAAAUACGUUGAUUUAUGAAAAAGUUUUUGCUACAAUGAAAACUCAACAAACAUUGAAAGGUAUUCAAGGAUUUGUUAUCGAAUAUCUAAUAUAUUUUCUUAAUAAAGAAAAUUAUUUACCUAGCAUGAGAACUCGUGAAAAUGAUAGUUUAUCAAAUCGAACAGGAGCAUCAUUAUCUCCAUCAAUAGGUGAUGCACCAGCUGCUAGUCCUGAACAAUCUUAUAUAUUAGAUUUAAUACACAUAACAAAUGCUCAUCUUGAUAAUAUGGAUAUUAUUCAACAUUCAUCAUCAUUUUAUUGUGAUCAAGAUAAUAGUUCUAUUCUAUCGAUUUUAUUAAAUAAUAUAUCGAUUAAUAAACAACCAAUUAAAUCAAAUUGUUUAGAUUUUGAAAAUACAGAAAAAUAUCUUGAAGAAAAUCAAUGUGAUUGUUGUCGUCAAUAUAUUGAAAAUGAGAAAUUAACUAUUAAUGAAGAACAAGAUGAUGAUAAUAUACUAAAAAGAAAGUCAAAAAUGUCAAUAUAUAUGAAUAAAUUUAUAUGGUCUUAUUGGAAUAAAUUUCAAAAAUCUAUAUCAAAUUUUGUUGCAGGAAAAUAUUUUCAUCGUAUUGUAUUAUCAGCUAUUGUUAUAAAUACAUUAUCAAUGGGUAUUGAAUAUUAUGAACAACCUCAAUCAUGA